AGGACACUGUUUGACACCUUCGCGCUCAGCUCUACUGGGACAUACAUCUAUUUUUGUCAGCUGAUGUUAACCAAUAGAGGGCCGAGGGUUUGACGUAUUCGACCAAUGAAAACACUACUUUGUGACUUUGGCAUAAUGCGAGAGGAAAAUGCGACAGUUUGACAGGAAUAAGCCCAGCCGAGGAGGGUUCAGGAUAGAUGUGACGGAAUAUGUCGGAAUUUCAGAAACAGAACCGAAAGAAAAGCACAAGGGAGAAGAAAAUGGACAGACAGACUCUGAAAUUGAUCUCAAUUAUGUUGCGUUUUGCGUGAUUUGGUUUUAUUUCCUCAACCCACGCUCGGGUUGUAAACGUGGAAUAUGGAAAGCGCCCAAAGUCCGAGACCGGAGCAAUCAUCUAAACCAAGCCAUGAGCCCAUCCGUUUCGGUAUAGACCGGAUCCUCGGUUCCUCUGACCGACAGCAUGGCUCUGAGAGCAGUACGGACAGCCAGACCGGGACCACCACUACAUUCACUGCACUGCUCGCCCCACUCUCUGCUUUUCCUGGCUCUUUGGAGGACCCGAGCGAGUUCGUGCCGAACAGGACUCUGGGACACCGCGGGGUGAUCCGGGUCCCGGCGCACAGACCGCUUGGAGCCGCCAUAGCUCCGUCUGUGGUGAGCGCAGCUCCGGGUUUCGGGCCGCUUUGCUUCCCCUGGGUGGAUAAUCACCGCAGAUUCACCAAAGACAGACUGCCAGCUCUACUAGCGUUGCCCAUAACUCGACGCAUUGGUCACCCCUACCAGAACCGCACCCCCCCCAAGCGGAAGAAGCCGCGCACGUCAUUUUCCCGCGUGCAGAUCUGCGAGCUCGAGAAGCGCUUUCACCGGCAGAAGUAUUUGGCCAGUGCUGAGCGCGCGGCCCUCGCCAAGACUCUUAAAAUGACGGACGCUCAGGUCAAAACGUGGUUCCAGAACCGAAGAACCAAAUGGAGGCGACAGACGGCCGAGGAGAGGGAGGCCGAGCGCCAGCAGGCGAAUCGGAUGCUACUGCAGCUGCAGGCUGAUGCCCUCCAGAAGUCCAUCAGUGAGUCAGUGCCUGUAGAUCCUCUGUGCGUGCACAACUCUUCACUGUAUGCCCUGCAGAACCUGCAGCCAUGGGCUCAAGACAAAGCAGGCAAAAUGGCCACCACUACUUCACUGGCCUAAAUGAAUACUGGUGAAAUACUAAGCGCAUGAGGCGUGACUGUGAUUGUGCAAAAUUAGACAACUGGGAAUGUGUUACAGUAAGAUAGGCUUUAUGCAGUGAUCUACAUAUCAUAUUGUACGUACAUGACCUUGGAAAGAAAUAAUUUGAUGAACAGCAAAUAUAAGAAAAUCUGUAGAUUUUUUGAGGACAUAUUCAUACACAACAUCAACAUCCUGGGAGGAAAACACUACUGAUCAAUAUCAUACCAAAUAUGCAUCAGUAGAAUUUCCUACACUCCCAAUGCUAUAUUAAAUAUAGAGGCUCAUCCACGGUCUUUGAGUUCAUUCUUCAAAACUCAAUACUCACAUAUGUGCAAUCUGAAAGGUUGCUUAUUUGUGUGAACAAAAGGUAUACUCCCCAGUAACCUCCCAGGCGUCAGACAAGAAAUAACACAGCAGUGGGAAUUGUGAAUGUAAAAUAACACAGUCAAGGUUUAUGAUUAUGAGAAGUUUUUACUUCUUUUACAACAUGUUUUCUUUUCGUGAUGGACAGAAAGGAAAAUCUGUGGCUGCAAAUCCAAACGUUAUUCGAAACAAACAAAAGGUAAUAUCUAAAUACAGAGGCACAAACACAUUAUUUUUGUCCAUCAUAAUUUUUUUCUCCUUUUUCUAAGUCCUGUCCCAGCUGAUGUUCCAGUGUUGUUGGCACAAAUAUAGACUGUGAAUAUCUGAUUAUAUGUUUGACUUUUUAUAUAAUUGAGUAUAGUGUACAUUUCUACUCAUCGCCAGUGACUGUGUUGUUGAAAAUGAA